UCUGUAGGAAUACGGUGAGAAAAUCAAUAAAGACUCCAAACUCACGACUGAGCCACGUUCAUUUCAAAUCCUGUGAGAACACAACAGGAAUACGAUUAUUCUUUUGAGAGGGGGGGGUGAACAGUUUGAUAUGAUGGGAUCCAGUCCAAAGGCUGAUCUAAAUAAAAAAAAAAGUGCAUUGCAUGCGAGGAGUCGCCUGGAAAUAAUUUCUCCUCGCUGAUAGGUUGUUCAGCUCCCCCCAGCCCCACUUGCACAUGGAUUGGCCUACUGCUCUUUUUUCCCCAGUUUCCCAUUGGCUUUUGGCAAUGAUAGCUCCCUGCCAUCCUUUGCCAGUGCAGUUUUCAAUGAAUAUUGUAUGUGGUCUCCGGCUCUUGGUGCUGAUCAUUUGAAUCGGCGCGUCGCGAGGAGGAACGCAUCCUGGAUGAGCACACCAGAUGAUGGAAUUUCUCCCAGAGACCGCAACUGCUCCUCGACCAGUGCUGUCUCCCCACGAAAUAAGAUAAGAGAGAAGAGCCAGGACAUUACAGCGGGGAAGAUGUUCUGCGCGAAGCUGAAAGAACUGAAGAUAUCAGGAGAGUGUCCAUUCUCCAGCAGCGCCAAAAAUAAUGAGCUCGGAGACUUUGAGGAGCGCUCAACUGACGCGGCGGAUUUACUGCCUAUCUCCAAGGACCUGCAUGGUAAAAUAGGUGAGGAUCUACCUCAGCAGAAGACAAGCAGAGCCAAAGUUAAUCUACAUACACUUGGGGAGAGCAUCCGAAAAUUGGCAUGUCCCGAGUUUCAAAGGCUGCAUACUGCUCUCCAACGAAUGAUGAGACUAUCAGAUCGCACCAGGGACUCUGAAAGUCCAAUAAUUUGCUGUACAGAGUAUCAGAGUUGCAGUGAUGAACCAGAGCAUUUACUGGAAAUGAUGAACAUGUACUCAACCAGAACAGCAAUCCAGAUGGAGGCUCUGAGAGUAGCUCUUGGUGAGGAACUCUUCAACAUGUGUUAUGAGGAGGACGGACACAUUUUGAGGGUAGUGGGGGGAGCACUCCACGACUUCCUCAACAGCUUCAAUGUCUUGUUGAAACAGAGCAGCACGCUGCCCAGCCCGGACAGAGGGGAUUGUGUAAACGAACCUUCGGUGCUGUGCUUAGACAAGGAUCUGGGUCUGCUUACUGUCUAUUUCUUCAACCCCCGCCCGACCACUGAGCUCUUCUUCCCUGGAGUCAUCAAAGCUGCUGCCCGCCUGCUGUAUCACACUACUGUGGAUGUGUUGAUGGACCCCCCCGGCGCUAAAGAUAGCAUCUUGCAGUCCAGCCCGCAGCCCAGUCUUCUGUACACAGUCGUAGUUAAGGAUGCUAAAAAUCUGAGCCCCAGUCCUCUGCGGGCUACCUCAGCUGGGACCCUUCCUACCUCUCUAUUCUCCACCAUCUUCCCUUUCCAUCUGAUUCUGGACCAGGACUUGGUUCUGGUACAAGUAGGACAUGGGCUCAGGAAGAGACUGACCAGGAAGGAUGGACUGAGGCGGUCUGCUACCUUCCAGGAACACUUCUCUAUUGUCUCUCCCCAGAUCAAAUGUACCUUUCAAGGCAUUCUGACCAUGCUAAACACGCAGUUUAUCAUUCGGAUCAAGCAUGGAGUCUCCACCACAGAAAACACAGGGAAGCUGAUGGACCUUAAAGGUCAGAUGAUCUACGUUUCAGAGUCCAAUGCCAUCUUGUUCUUGGGCUCACCAUGUGUGGACAAGCUGGAGGAGCUAACGGGCAGCGGCCUCUACCUGUCAGACAUCCCUAUUCAUAAUGCACUGCGUGAUGUAGUGCUGGUUGGUGAACAGGCCAAAGCCCAGGACGGUUUGAAGAAGCGGCUGGGGAAGGCCAAGGCAGCCUUGGAACAUGCUCACCAAGCACUGGAGGAGGAGAAGAAGAAGACGGUGGACCUCCUCUUCUCCAUCUUCCCUGGCACGGUGGCACAGCAACUGUGGCAGGGCCAAACCGUCCAAGCCAAGAAGUUUGAACGAGUUACGAUGCUUUUCUCUGACAUUGUGGGCUUCACUGCUGUUUGCUCACGCUGUACCCCAAUGCAAGUGAUCACCAUGCUCAACGAGUUGUACACCAGGUUUGACCACCACUGUGGAGAGCUUGAUGUUUAUAAGGUGGAGACCAUUGGUGAUGCGUAUUGUGUAGCUGGUGGCUUACACAAAGAGAGCGAGACUCACGCCGUCCAAAUAGCACUUAUGUCCUUAAAGAUGAUGGAGCUUUCAGAUGAUGUUAUGACACCAACUGGAGAACCAAUACAGAUGCGCAUCGGCCUGCACACUGGUUCAGUGCUGGCUGGUGUAGUUGGGGUGAAGAUGCCACGCUAUUGCCUUUUUGGGAACAAUGUCACAUUGGCCAACAAGUUCGAAUCCUGCAGCCAACCUGGAAAAAUCAACAUCAGCCCUACAACUCACAGAUUGCUGAAGGAUCGUCCAGAGUUUGUCUUCGUUCCCAGGAGCAGACAGGAGCUUCCGGCCAACUUCCCAGUGGACAUCCCUGGUGUUUGUUACUUUUUGGAGGCCUCCUUUAAAACUUCAAAACUGACUGUAAAAUGAAGUCAAGCCUCUGCAGAGCCCAAAAUAUGUGAGACCUGAACGCAUCUAGUGAACACAGUGCAGACACCUUGUAUAUUUUGGUUUGGGUUGUUUAGAUAUUGAUGAUAUUGUCGAUCAGUCAAAUUCUCACAGCCGCUUAAUUACAGAGCUGUCAAACACGAGUCUCGUCUCUGUACAAUUAUCCAUUUGUACAACUGUAGUAGAGAAAAAUACUCUUUCAUUUUCUUUCUUCCAAAAUGAGUCAUCUUUACAAAUUUAUCACACAGAAAGUCAAAAAGUGACUUUCUUUCCAAGUUCUUUCUCUCUCUCUCUCUUCCUCUAACACACUGUCAAUGACAGCUUUUGAGCUUUGAGUUUUUGAGACUGUUAAACAUUUAAGAGGUACAAAAUCUGUAAAAGAUAUGUGGCCAUUUGUUUUUUAAAGUAAGUCAAUAGAUGCUUCUGAUUAGCUGUGAAGUACUUUAAAUACGGUAUACCAUCAUAAUGUCAAUAUGAUACAGAAAUACAUUUUGGUUGUUGAUCCUCGAAGUGAUAUUGCUAAACAGACUGGUUCAUUUUAUCAAGAUUGUGUUCUGUAAAUAUCUGACAGGUCCAUUCAUGUGUCCAAACUAAGUAUCUGCUUAUGCAUCUUGGUCUAUUUUUAUGGCAGAAAAGAUCCAGAAUAAAAUUGAAUCAGCUUUGUAUGUUUCAUGGAGGAUUUCACAUCAGAUUAUUUGGAAAAGCUGAAGCAAAUAUUCAGAUAUUUAGGAUCACAGAUGUUAGAGUUCCAUACAAAUUAUUUAUAGUUAUAUUUACUUUAAGUUAUAUUUACUUUUUUUCUCUAGAUGUGAUGCAGUAUGAAUUUACAUGAAUGAUAUCUUCCAGAGGUUGAUGGUUCCAACUCAGAGCAUAUUUCUACUAACACAGACUUCCAUUUAUUUGACAUUAUGCAUUUCACAAUUGCAUUUUCAUAAUAUAAGUAAUAUAUAUGUUUUUUAUUUACUUUGCGUCCACUGUACACAUGUUUAUACUAUAUUUAUUACUUUGGUUUCAUAGCACUCCUUUCUUAUACAGCAGGAAUAUGACACGGCAAGAAUGCAUUGAAUGUUCUACUAUCACUCAUUAAUGAUGUGUUUCAGUCAUUAUUGUGAUGUUGAUCAAAGUGUAAUAAAUAUUGACAUGAACAGACUUAAGUGACUGAUACUGCAAAGUAUAGAAUAGUUUUCUGUAAAGUCAAGGAUUUGUGCUAUUACAUCAGGCUAUUGCCACAUGUGAUGUGCAAUGGUGGAAGGUAACUUAGUACAUUUACUAAAGUUAUGUAAAUGUGAA